AUGACAAAUCACCAACAGAAAACUGCCACAGAUUUGCCAAAAUUUACAAAGAAAACCAUAGCAUAUAGAUAUCAAUAUAAAAAUCUGAAGCUUUUCCUUAUAAAACACAAAUACUGAAGGAAGACCAUUAUUAUAAGAGAGUAUUUCAAAUUAUUAAAUUACUGAGACUCUUGGUGCUGCUUAGUUUUCAAAUGAUCAGCAAGGUGCCCCUUUGUCUUAAAUGCUUUACCACAUCCCUCUACAUUGCACAUAUAA